CACACACGCCCACACCACCCACACCCACACAACUCCCAUCUACAUUGCCACCGGCCUUCUUCAUCGCCUUGCUCGCACCAACACCGCUCCAUACGCACGCACGCACGCACAUACCUCUCCGGCGACACCUCCCCGGUCAUGGGCGAAUCAAGACAGGAGCUGCUCGCGUGGCUCAAUGGCCUCCUGCAGCUGAACCUCACCAAGGUGGAACAGUGCGGUACUGGCGCUGCGCUGUGCCAGAUCUACGACUCGAUCUACCUCGAUGUCCCGAUGAGCAGGGUCAAGUUCAAUGUAAACGCCGAAUACGCCUACCUGGAGAACUUCAAAAUUCUCAGCAACACCUUCCGCAAGCACCACAUCGAUCGCCCCCUACCCACCGAACAGCUGGUCAAGUGCAAGAUGCAGGAUAACCUGGAGUUUCUGCAGUGGACGAAGAAAUACUGGGACCAGUACUACCCUGGUGGCGACUACGAUGCGGUCGGCAGAAGAAAGGGUGUCGCAGCAGGAGGCGCUCCUGCGCUGCCGCCAAGUGCCUCACGGACAUCGGGCGCCGCGAGUGGUGCACGAAAGCCCGCAGGAGGUGCUCCGAGAGCAAACAGUCGGCAAGCUGGCGUCGGCGGGGCUGCAUCUGCGGUGUUGCAACAGAAGAACGCCGAGCUGAUGGAGACCGUACAAGGACUAGAGCGUGAGCGCGACUUCUACUUCAGCAAGCUUCGCGACAUCGAAUUGCUCAUCCAACAAGCAAUGGAGGCCGACGCAACGCUAGAGGAGGACGAGAACGGUCUGCUCAAGCAGAUUCAAACGAUUCUCUACUCGACGGAGGAGGGCUUCGAGAUCCCCGCGGAAGCCGACGGCGCCGAGGUUGGUGGUGACGAAGAGACGUUCUAGAAGAAACAGUCUCUCCCGGUUACGCAAUCCCCGAAGAAAGAGCAUGACAUACCAUAAAUGAUACCACUGCAGCGUUUGACGAGAAACGAGAGAGGGACGAGGCUUCGGUGAAAGCUUCGAUGAGCACUUGACGGAUUGAUGCUGCCUGAUUGGGCAGCCGUAUGGCAAUUUCGGUUCUUGAAAACAGGACGCCGAAUGAGUGCGAAUGCAAAGACAAGUUCGCGGCCAGUUGUUGGACAUCUCAGUGGCGCUCCCAACUAACUCGAACCGGCCGUUCAUUGCUCGCCGGCUUGAUGCACAAGUCUGUAUCAGGUCCAACCAAGUUCAGCUGAGCUGAUGCUGCUCUCUUCCGAAAGUGAUGAUCGCGUCUCAAAUGUAAAUACAGGACAGAGAUACAACUGACUACUAGCGAGCGUAACACCGAAUAAUGGCAACUUUUCGACAACGUCCC